AUGGCCCACCACGUUCAUGGCAGACGAUCGGCCAGCGACAAAUGGCCGCCGUCACUGCCAGACCAGCAAGAAACUCUGGUAGACAAGACAUUUGUGUUCAGCGCUGAUGAGCUUAUUGCUUCGACAUUAGUUGGGCGAGGCAGCUUGCUUAACAAGCCUGGCAGGCUAGUAACGCUCAAAACUCGUUCUAUAACUUCAAAGAGCUCAGACUCUGAUGAGAAUACAAGCGCAGAAGCUGCUGGCGGUAUCAGAGUCGUGAGCACUCCUGGGCGUUUUUUUGGUGAAAGGGACUGGACACGCUCUACAGUCAAGCGUAAACAGGACCAUGCUUCAUUAGAUGCCGAUUUUGAUGACCAUUCUGGGCAUAACCAUCGUCAGCGCCACAGACAUCGUCAAGUCAAGAAAUGGCUGGAAGAUGAUGAACCGCGUGAUGACGUUCCGUGUCAUACCAAACCGGGUAGACGAUCACUUGGUCAUGGCCGACUGGUGAUAGGAAGAGUCGGCGAUGCUGACAAGCGACCUCGAGCCCCUUCUGGAGGCUCUCGCUAUGCUUCGUCUGGUACACAGACAGCCACUGGACCAGCAUCGCCUCCGGCUGGCGAUAGACCUGUACUUCCUGGGCAAACUGGAGGUGAUAAGUCUGGGGGUAUUGGUUCUGGUGGUCCAUCUACCAGCUUGCCCACCACAGCUCCAACGCCAGGAAGCGGGCAGGUACCAAGUGGAGUAUUGCCUCCAGUAUCGGCAGUAGACCCAAGAUUGGCAAAUCCUUCUGCUGGCCCUGUGCCUCCAGGAACCAUUGCUGGACCUGGGACUGGAGUCGCUACUGUCCCCAAGCCUGAUGUUCCUGUUCAAUCAGGACCGGGUCUCCAGCAACCUACACAUGCUGGAGAUGUCGGGACUUCACCUGCAGUUCCUCCAGCGUCGAGUGGGCAAAAAAUCCCACCACCAGCGUCAACCCCAGAUGGCCCAACUGCUCAGCAACCUACCCAUGCGGGAGAUGUUGCAACUCUACCUGCGGCUCCUCCAGUAUCAAGUCAACCAAAGGUCCUGCCACCAACGUCAGCUCCUGCUGGCCCAUCUGUAGCACCCAUCACAAACCCAGUUACGAGCACACCGAGCUUCCCUUCACCUCCGCCACAGCUUAUACCCCUCAAAGACCAGUACAUGCUCGCAGCGACAGGUCAGACAACUCAAAUCCGCAGUGCAACACCAGGUAUCAGCGCCGGUACCGUCCCGUCUGAUCACAUUGUCUUCUCAACUCCAGACACCGGCACUCAAGCGUUUCUGACUUCGUCGGGACCCAUAGUCUUUGAGACUUCCUUGGAAGCAAUCAAGACCAACAUAAGCGAAUUCCCGCUAUCUCUGAGUGAUCCUCUGCGACGAGACUUUGGCGCAGCUUGGAAACUUGACGAAAAUGCAUCUUAUCUUCAGAGUGCUGAUGUCUAUUUGAAGCUUGGCUCAGAUGGCAAAUCUCUCGAAAUGACCGGUCUCAGAGUCAAGGUAUCCAAAGAUGCAAAUAGCGCGCCACUUGAGUUCUCUACUGAUGCGAAAGUACUCAAUGACGAGUUUGAGACCGGAUUCUUCCACGCAUCAAAAGAUGCCAAGAUUACCACGCUUACUGGCAUUGAUCGCUACCCUGGCCAUCUCCUCCUUGGGUUGGAGACAAGCUCUGCCAACGGUGGAUUCGAGAAUCUUGCCGAUCUUUGUGCAGUCGCUCACAUAAACCCCAAGACCUGGCUAAAGACAUUGCUUAAAACGACCAAGAUCACAUUUGGUGGCUUAGCUGGUACUCCAGCUCGCAAUGCAAUGUGGUAUAUCCCCGGUUCAGGGUCUGGAUGCUGUAUCCGUCUCGAAGCCGCUCUCGACCUCAAAGAAGGAAUAGUGGAGAAAUUGAACAAAUAUCUCUCUGGCUGGAACGAUCACAUCCCUCCCAUGUCUGUCGUCGCUAAGAGGACGGUGUCUCCAUCAUCUGGUCCUUGGGGAGAUGCCUUCACUAUCGGAGAGCUUACCAUCGCUGCAGAGCCAGACAUCAAGGGCGAGAAGCGCGCGAUGGGUAUGUAUGUGUCGAUUGGAGAAGAUCACAUCAAUGUAUUCUUCGUGUGCUACUCCAAAGCCCUUCAGUGGACAGCUCUUAAGGACUGGAUUAAGAAGACCUGUACUGAAGUGGGCAAAGCCAUUGACGACUUGGAGAAGAUUAUUUCCAAUACUGGACAUGGAUCCAAGACCCAGAACGCAAGUACUUCUCACAUAUACUGGAGAAGAGUGACCGUCACACUUCAGAACAACCCGGCUGGUGGUACCACUCUAGCCGGUAUGCGCUUGGAGCUCGAAGCUUCGAUGCAAGUACUUGUACCAAAGGACAAGCAUUCAGUCUUCACUAUGGAGUUCACAUGGACCAAGGGCACUAGCGUCUUCUCAGGCGAGUGUGAGUUCAACGGUGUUGGAAACGUAAUGGGACUGGGCAACCCUCCACUGCAGUACUAUCUUGACUACGAGCGAUGGGACAAAUUCUCUUAUCUUGACCCAUCAGAGCCAUACAUGUCGCUACGCUGCCUCGACAGUAAUUUCGUACAGAAUCUACCGUUCGGCGUUCCCACAGAGAUUACCGAGGCCGAUCUCUAUGUCUCUAAUGAGAGCCUGCGCGUCAGUGGCCGUCUUGAAGCUUUGAUCGGAAAGCCGACCGAGACUUCAGUCGUCUCAGACCCUUCAAAAAUCCCUUCCCUACAGAUCGACCACACCAUGUUGGGGUUCUCUGUCAACUACGUAUAUGCAUCAAAGGCACUGAAUAUUGUUCUUGACGGAGCCAUCACCCUUCUCCCUCUCAAGGAAGGCGAUCAGCCAGCGUCACUGGAGGCAAUGAUCAUGUAUUCGUCAGAACAGAGCCUGGUGUUUUUUAGUGCGCACGCAUCUCAUAUACCCAUGACAGCUCUGCACUCUUUGUUCGCUGCAGGUGAAGAGAAGACACAUGCGAUGUCUAUCCUGGAGAGCAUUGAGCUGCAGCGCAUUGCCUUCAACAUUACGGCGGGUAACGGCCAGCCAACUAAGGUCGGCUUUGAAGCGGACCUCAAGAUCGCUAGUAUUUUGCUGGAGACAAGAUUCAAGCGUACUGGUGUCAACACUUGGUCUCUCACUGCUAAACUGCAUGAAGAAAUCACAGCAGUUGGCAAGGCGUCGAAAGAGUUCACACUCGGCGAUGCUGUACAGAAGCUCUUAGGCCAGGAAGUCCAUGAUAUCCUCCCAGGCUUUGUCACUGGAACAACGUUCAAAACGUCUAAACCUAAGGAGGACAAGUUCGACGUUGUCGUGACUCGUCUGAAUGGUACAAAGCCACAUCUAGUUUUUGGUGCAGAGCUCCAGUUUGGCAUGCUUCACGUCCAAUUUGCUCAACUCGUUCCUAUCACCGGAAAGGCAGAUAAGCCCUCACCCAUCAAGAGACUGAUACGCGUGUCUCUGGGACCUCUACCUUCUAUCUCGAAGCUGCCGAUCCUCGGAAACUUGGACAUACCGUUCGAUGCACUUGAGUUCCUCUGGGUCAACACCAUGUUCACACAGGAGGAUAUCAGUACACUAAACGGAAGUGCCCAGAUGUUCCUUGAUCAGCCAUUCAAGAUGAGGCCCGAGGAUAAGGAAUUGGCUGAGGGCUUCCACUUCCGUCUGGUUGGUAGCAAGGGCGUCUUCCUCGACCACGUCUUUGGUCAGGACAAGAAAGAGAAGGAGAAGAAGGCAACACCAGCAGGUGCAGUCACUUCUGGUUCCAAGGUCACUCCUGCUCCAGUCCAAGAGAAGACGACAUCCACAGAAUCAUCAGUUCCUAGCGGCGGUGCGCCAGCGACCACCGCUGCUCUUGCGAAGAAGAAAGGACCUCUUACCCUGUCGGGUAUCUCGUUGUCUUACGAAGGCGGAGUCUUGCGCAUACAUCUUGAUGCUAGUGUUCUCAUCGGGCCAAUUAGUGCUGGUAUCCAGGGUCUCAACCUUGUCGUCAGACUCGACUCUAAGCAGAUACACGGACUCCAUGAUAUUCUCCAUGUGCCUAUCGACGUCGAGGUAGAGGGUUUUGAUAUGGCAUUCACUCGUAUGCCGAUCCAAAUCGCAGGCGCUCUGCACCACAAGCCCGGCACUAAAGCAUACUUUGGAGGCGUUGCUAUCUCAUUGAGCACCUUUUCUAUUGCAGCACUUGGUUCGUAUGAGCAAGUUCCAGCCAACGCCGCAACAGGUACACCAGAAUAUGAUUCAUUCUUCAUCUACGCCAUGAUGGAGGGACUCAUCUUCACCAUGGGAUGGGCUGAGGUUCGUGGUCUCAUGGCUGGCUUUGGCUACAACUCUCGUCUCCGACUACCCACCGUGGAGCAGUUGUCCACAUUCCCUCUCAUCCAGGGGUUCGACCAGAAGGGAGGUUUCAACAUGGACCAGGCUGUUAAAUCACUGACAGGUCCCGGUGCCUUCGUAACACCUAGCAUGGGCUCCAUCUGGUUGGCACUUGGUCUUGUCAUCCGAGCUUGUGAGGCUAUCGACAUGCGUGCUGUUGCAACAGUAGCACUCGGACCUAAUCAGACUGACAUUGGAUUGAUUGCUCGUGCGACUGCUACCCUUCCUCGACGUGCGAGCCCCGAUAACGCUCUUGUUCUCAUUGAUCUCUCUGUGGUUGGCAAACUCGACCUUGUCAAUGGCGAGCUCUCAGUUGACGGUCUCAUCAAUCCCACUUCUUUCAUCCUCAACAAGGAUUGUCGUCCCUCUGGUGGAUUUGCCAUUAGAAGUUGGUUUGGUAAGAAUAACCCACAUUCAGGCGACUGGGUCGUCAGCUUUGGUGGUUAUCAUCCAAUGUACCAAGUUCCAGCACAUUACCCUCGCCCACAGCGAUUAGGCAUCUCAUGGACGCUCAGCUCGAAUCUCAGAGUUACUGGUAACGCAUACGCUGCUAUUACACCAGGAGCUAUCAUGGCCGGAGGAAUGCUUCAGGCUGUCUUCUCAGCUGGUCCUCUUGGAGCACACUUUGACGCCCACGCCGACUUCCUGGUCAACCUCAAGCCACUGCACUAUGUGGCAGACAUGGCAGUAUCUGCGGGUGUGUAUUACGAGAUCAGAGUCUGGCGCUUCAGAAAAAAGAUCUCUGUCAAUGUUGGAGCCUCUCUGCACCUUGAAGGACCACCAAUCCACGGCAAUGUACACUUUGAUCUGUCCGUGGUUAGCUUCACUGUCAGCUUUGGCUCUGGAUCGUCCGAGGGCAAGAGAGCGAUCAGCCUGCGUGAGCUCAUGGCGCUUGUGCUACAGGAAGCAGGCGAUACACGGAAAAAAGACAAUUCCAUUGUUAACCCUCAUACAUUCACAGCUGUGUCUGGUCUUCUUGGAGAUGACAAGAAGAAGAGCGACACUGUCAGCAAAGCUUCGGGUAACAAGGUGGCUUCCGAGAAAGAGCGUUGGCACGUCCGCAGCGACAACUUCAUCUUUUCGGUUCGAAGUGCAGUACCAACUAACUCUGUUGGUAUUGAGGGACGCAGCGGCACUCAGUACAGUGGCAACUCGAUUAUCAGCAGACCUAUGCAGAUGAAAAAGGAUACAAAUGACUCUUCAAAGAUCAAAUCGACGUUGAGCGUCAAGGUCUGGAAUCCCAAGGCAGAGAGGAUCGUUCCCUUCCGCGAAGUAGCCAAGGUUGAAGAUCAACUGCCAGCCAACUACUGGGGCCCUUACUCGGAGAAUACGGCAGACUACAUGAGGCCUGAUAGGAUGCCUCCUACAGUCUCUCAUCUAGUCGGCGCGACUCUCGUGCCACCAGCGCCUGCUGCUCCUGAGCAGUCUAUCCCUGUGUUCAAGUCCAUGCCACAAAACUACGAUCCUUCAACAUGGCAACCUGAAAAGAUCAUAAAGCGCGUUCGCUAUCUCGAUCAUGCCAAUGCUAGAGACAGCGUCAAGUGGUCUCGUGUCAAGGGUGCUAUGGGCUUAGAGCCUGAGGCAAAGAGGGAGAAGCCUCCCAUGGACACAAUUCUCUUGACCGAGGUCGGUGCGGCAAAGGAGGCUACUGCUCCUAAGCCCCUCUUCACUAAACCAUACCGUAAAGGUAUACUUGACAGCUUCAUCAAGUUGGCUCACAGUGGUACCGACGCGGAGAGCUUCAAGGUGCAGAAAGCCUACGAGAACAUUGGCGAUAAUGUGCCCGAUGUCAUCUUGAACGAUCCACAGCGUUUCUAUAUCGGUCCUCCAACAGUGUUUUGCAACUAA